AUGGAUGUCCUAUAUCUGAAGAAUGCCGAAGUCGAGAGCUUCAAUGGCUGCGGCUACUGCAAGUGGGCCAACAAGGACCCCACUCCUCCUCCCAAGCACUUGGGAUACAGCAAUCCUGGAUGGCCAGGAUGCUGUCGUUCACCCCAGCCUAACGAGUACCUUCUCGUGCCCAUCGCGGACUGGCCGGCAGUCAGUGUCGUCCAUCGCAUCGGGAUCCCCAAGGACAUCGAGUCUCUCCUCAGCUCCCUGGCACUCCCUUCCACGCCUUCCAAACCAAUCAGCGUUCAGACCACUUCUCUGACGACUCGAGCACCACCUUCAAAGCCGUCCAGCCCCUCUUCCAUCCGGAAAAAUAGCGGGUCAAUCACCCCGUCCACCAAAUCAAACAUCCUCUCCACCAAGCCUAUGAACACUCCAACCAUAACGCGCGGUCGAAGCCCUCACGGAUCCAUCAGUCCAGGUGCCAAUCUCUCACGGAGCUCGAGCUCCAGUGCAGUUUCGUCUUCAGUACCGAACUCCUCAUACAUGGAGAACCCGGCCCGGCGGAAGGGAACAUUGACAUCAGACCGGCGCGUCGAGGGAACACAAUCAGCGAGUUCCUCACCUAGCCGUAAAUCUCUCGAUCUCGAGAAUCCGGUUUCUCCCCGGCGCGUCUCGAGUGCUCGACGCCCUGCUCCCUCUCCCGCCACUACGUCGGUGUCCGUUUCAAGAGUUUCCGUUGCCGAUAGUCGCUCGGUGCAAGAUAAAUCAGUCAGGUCGCGUGGAUCCUCUGUCUCGAGCGUCAAUGUUGCACCUCGCGUGACAGAGAGUUUCCUUGCCCCGCGUUCGAAGAAAGAUGACGAUUGCAGCGCAUCCAGCAGCAGUGGUAGCAGCGAUGGUAUGGGUUCACUGUCGGACAGCACCGUGACGUCGGAUGGCGGGUUCACCGACUAUUUGUCGGACGAGUCAGAGGCAGAACUGCAGAGACAAGCUGAAGCAAGAGCAGCGGUGGUUGCACAGAAUCAACAGGAGGAGCAGGAGUUCAAGAUGGCAAGACAGCAGCUCGCCCAUGUCGGCCUCAAACCCCCAAAGUCCUGGAACCCCAACAAUACAUUGCCGAACCCGUCCAAAUCCUCCGCCUCGCCGGGUGGGACCCUGUCUACAUCCAGAAAUGCCAAUGUUUCAACGACUUCUUUCGCAGUUGCUGCUGCUGCGAUGAUGCAGACCGGUCAGGCGCGCGGUUAG